GGGCUGUGAUUACCUGUAUGCUGUGCUGCGCCUCUCCUGGGUAAAUUCCAAUGAGAUUGCGUCUUAUUCUUAAUCAUUUAGGCUGAAUGCGUGGCUUCCUAGUGCCUCGAUUACUGGCAGGCAGUUGAGUUUUCCUGGCACACACUUCUCUAGUUUUUAUUUCACGCGCCGCACUUACAGCACCGCAAAGUAAUAAUUCGGCGCAAUAUAAUGGCCGAUCUCUUACUUGAUGCAUCUCAGAAAAGACGCGGAUCCUUCAUGAAUACUCGGUGUCACAUACUGCAUUUCACGAUGCAACGUUCUGCUGUAGCAUCGCGUUUUAGAGGUACGAACUCUAUUAGGAUGCUCCGGGAACGAAAAGAUACAAGCUGCUACUCACCUUCCUCUUACACAUAUCGUCACAUUUUCAAGCCGGUUGGCGAAUUCAUGCUGAGAAUCAUUUGUCAAUAUCAACAUCUCAUCGCAUGGCUGAACAAAUGGCCUUCCUCUCCUGUGAUCAAUUACUUGUCUCUUUCUGGGCUGCGUUUUUUCCUUUUGCUCUGCAGACUCCAAGAUGGAAAUUUCCCACCGCCAAGUCUUAUACAGGUUCAAACCUCUCAUUAUUAUUUUUAUCAUACUCAUAAGUGGACCAUGGCUUUGUGCAUCUACUAUCCUCAAAAGCUGUCGCUGUUUUCCAGGAGACUUAUGCUGGCCCAGCGUAUCAGAGUGGGCUGCAUUUAAUACAUCUGUAAAUGGAAGACUGAUCUCAACUAUACCAAUCGGCUCUGUGUGCCAUGAAUUCUUCAGAAACCAAAGCACGUACAAUGUAUCAAAAUGUACUGAUCUGCAGGCCGCUUGGAUCGACCCCCAGACUCAUGCGGAUACAUCUCACUCCGUCAUGGCACCAUUCUGGGCGAACCACAGCUGUGAUCCUUUCUAUCCUACUAAGAGUCAGUGCGUCGUAGGUACCUACGUCCAAUAUGCAGUGAAUGCCAGCUGCACGUCAGACUAUCAAGCUACACUUGCGUUUGCAACAAAGCGAAAUCUGCGUUUGGUAGUCAGGAACACAGGGCAUGAUUACUUUGGAAAAUCUUCGGGUGAUGGUGCCUUAGCCAUCUGGACACAUCAUAUUCGGGACUUUAAAUUCCUGGAUUAUACUUCGAAGGGAUACACAGGAAAAGCUAUGGUGAUUGGUGCCGGACUGCAGGUUCUAGAGGCUACUACUUUGGCUCAUAUACAGGGUUUGACGAUUGUUGGGGGAGCUACUGCCAGCGUAGGUAUUUCAGGGGGUUAUACUCAGGGUGGUGGUCAUGGCCCACUACUGUCGAAGUAUGGAUUUAGUGCAGACCAGGUUUUGGAAUGGGAGGUGAUCGCUCUUGAUGGACGACAUAUGAGAGCAUCUCCAUAUCGCAAUCAAGCUCUAUAUUGGGCGUUAAGCGGCGGCGGCGGUGGGACUUACGGGCUAGUCCUCUCAAUGACAGUCAGAGCGUAUCCGGAAGAAGUGACAACAGCCGCGAAUCUCACAUUCACCAAUCAAGGUGUCUCCCAAGAUCUAUUCUACAGCUCUGUGGCAGCCUUUCAUAGUAUCCUCCCUGCUCUAACAGACGCGGGUGGCGUGGCUAUUUGGACACUGCAGACUACAGGAUUCAAUUUAGCUCCAGCUACAGGACCAGGCAUGACGAAAGAAAAGAUGGAUGAGAUCUUUGCACCUGUAUUACAAGCGUUGACCGAUCUUCAGAUCUCAUACUCAUAUACAUCGGUCGAGUUUCCUAACUUUUACGAAAGUACCAUUGCUAUGAAUAAUCCUUCGGAGACUUCUAUUUUUCAAAUCGGCAGUCGCUUGCUCCCUCGUUCUGGUUUGACUACCAACUCAAGUGAGUUAAUAGAUGCUCUUGCGAGUAUAUGCUCCUAUGGUGCUGGGAUUAGCGGACUUGCUUUCAAAGCUCCUUCGAACUCUUCAUUCCCCAACUCAGUCAAUCCCGUCCUUAGAAGUAGUAUGAUUAGUUUCGUAGUAGGAACCUGGUGGAAUAGAACUGAUUGGGAAGCAAAUCUCGAGAACCAAGUACUACUGACAGAUACUUUACUUCCACUAAUAGAAGAAUUUACACCGGAGGGAGGAUCUGCAUAUUUAAAUGAAGGGGAUAUCCGGGAGAAAGAGUGGCAGCGGGUGUUUUACGGUGAUAAUUAUAAAUCUCUUCUUAGUAUCAAAAAUGAGGUUGAUCCUAAAGGUCUUCUAUGGGGCCGGACAGCAGUAGGAAGUGAAUCCUGGGCAGAAGAUUCUAAUGGGAGACUCUGUAGAGUUGAUAUUUAAAGUAAUUCAUAUAUUAUAUC